UUUCUUUCUUCUUCUUCUUCUAUAAAUAAUACCAAAAACCUUAUCAAAUUCACUUUCAUUCAAAAUCUCUCAUUUUUUUUUUCUUAUCUUAAAAUAAAAUAAAAGAAAAAAAAACAGAGAAAGUAAAAGCCACGCGCCGCCGCAACAGAACAAUGUCACGGCCAAGAUUUCUUCUUGUAACAUACCCAGCUCAAGGCCACGUAAACCCAUCUCUCCACUUCGCCGAUAAACUCGCCGCUACCGGUGCUGACGUCACCAUCCUCACCACAACUACCGGAUACUCAUGCGUGUCACGUGCCACUGGUCACGUGACCAAAUACUUUGAAAAACCACAUAACCAAAACGACUCCGUAUCAGGCGUUAUAUCCUUUGCUCCAUUCUCCGACGGCUACGACGACGGUUUCAAACCGGAAAAUGACGUCAACCACUACUUGGCUGAGAUGAGGCGUUGUGGGUCUGAAGCUGUGAGAAACGCCAUCGUUUCGGGUCGAAACGAGGGUUGUCCGUACUGUUGUUUGGUGUAUACGAUUCUUAUUCCUUGGGCUGGACUUGCCGCCGGCGAAAUGGGGUUGCCGGCGGUGCUUUUGUGGAUUCAGCCGGCGAUGGUGUUCGAUAUUUAUUAUUAUUAUUUUCAUGGGUAUGAGGAUGUUAUAAGGGAAAGUAGUAAACGACAAGAAAUUGGGGAAACGACAAUGACAUUCCCGGGAUUGUCGUUGGAGUUUAGUUGUAAGGAUUUACCGUCGUUUAUGGACGCAAAAGAUACUUAUUUGUUUGCUAUUCCUCUCUUUCGAGAAGAAUUUGAGAUACUCGAGAAGAAAGUUAGGCCGAAAGUCUUGGUCAACACUAUUUACGAGUUAGAGAGGGAGGCUUUCGAAGCUGUAGAAACCCAAUUAAAUUUGAUUGGAAUUGGACCUUUGAUUCCGACAUCUUUUCUUGAUGGAAAAGAUGUCACUUCUAAUAAUGAUGACUCGUCGAAAGAGAAGUAUAUUGAGUGGCUUAACUCGAAGCCUAAAACAACAGUUGUUUAUGUGUCGUUUGGGAGUAUGGCAAUUUUAUCUGAGCAACAAAUGGAGGAAAUGGCUAAAGGGUUGUUAGAAUUUGGUCGUCCUUUCUUGUGGGUCAUAAGGGAAAAUGUGAAAGACAACAAUAAUAAUAGCAAGUUGAGUUGUAGAGAAGAGUUGGAUAAGCUUGGAAUGAUAGUUCCGUUGUGUUCUCAAAUGGAGGUUUUGAGUAAUGAGUCAGUUGGGUGUUUUGUAACUCAUUGUGGUUGGAACUCGACGUUGGAAGGUUUGACUUCGGGGGUUCCCAUGAUAGGGUUUCCCCAAUGGUCAGAUCAAGGAACGAAUGCUAAGUUGAUUGAAGAUGCAUGGGGAACUGGGGUUAGAGUAAAACUCAAUAAAGAUGGAAUUGCAGGAAAUGAAGAGAUUAAGAGGUGUUUGGAAUUAGUCAUGGGAGGAAAAGAAACCGUAGCGGGGGAUAGUGGGAAGGAAAGUUGGGUGGAAAAGAGAAGAAAUGCAAAGAAAUGGAAGGAUUUAGCUCGAGAAGCUGUUAAAGAAGGCGGAUCUUCUGAUAAGAAUCUGAAAGCUUUUGUAAGUGAGAUGGUUGAACAAAGUGGUAAUAAGUAAUAUCUUGAAUCUUCUAAUUAAAAUGUUAUUUGCAUAUCUUAAAAGAUAUGUUUACACAACUAUCAUUAAAUGAAGAUGUUAAUUUUAAAUUUCUUGAUA